CUCGAACGCUUACUAAUUGCUCUGGAAAGCGGUGAUUUAAGUUCAAUUAAAGUUUUACAAAUAAAUAUAAAUUUUUUUUAAUUUUUCUUUAAAAAAUCUUACAAAUUUACACGAUGGGCCAGCUAUUUUGGCGUUUUCGUGGCUGUUGCCUUGUUGGUCUGCUGCUGUCUGCCUACGCCACCUAUGUGGAGUUGAGAGCGGAAAAGGAUGCUGACUACGUGGCGUUGUGCGACUUGAGUCCGAAAGUUAGUUGCACGGCGGUAUUUACUUCGAGCUACGGCAGAGGUUUUGGGCUAACAAAAUAUGUAACCAGCUGGAAUCCACCGAAUGGCUUGCUUGGUAUUGCCUUCUACAUUAUCUUGCUGCUGCUGACACCUCCACGCCAUCGCCUGCUCUCGCUGCUGCAACUGUUCCUCUGCUUUGUUUCGAAUUUACUUUCUAUUUACCUGGCUUAUUUGUUGUAUUUUGUGCUAGAGGAUUUUUGUGUGGUUUGUGUGUCAAUUUAUGUUGUCAAUUUCGUUUGUUUGUGGGAGUCGUCGAAGAUUUCCCAACAAAUAGGCAGCAGAGGGUUUAAAGCGCAUUCGAAAGCACAAAAUGGUAGUAAUAAAAAUAAUUAACCUUGUGCGGGAUAAGUUAAAUGAAUUAUAUUGUUUUAGUGUAAUUUGCAAAUAAAAUGAGAUUUUAAUAACGAUUUUAAA